GAACGUUGUUGGCUCAGCACAGCAUGUACAGCGUGCAUGCCAUACGUUGGUUGGAUCCAAGACGACGAUCGCAUCCAUCACAUCGGCAGGCCUCAAAUUUGCAUGAACUAGCAAGCUAGCCAGCUGAAUCGAAUCGAAUUCGAUCGAUCGAUCUGCUUGCAGGGCCCGCGCGCCGGCCGGGAUCUUGUUUUAAUCGACGUGCAGGGGCCGGCCGGGCGUGUGCAUGCAUGUGAGAAUCUUGUUAUCGUAAUCGAUGAAGCUCAAGUCUCGGCGUGGCAUCGUUGGGGACGAGGAAUCGGGUGCAACAGAGGCGGGCGGUGGAAAGGUGGCGCGCAAGGACAGCUGGUGGUCGUCGGGGCUGGCCAAGGCCAUCACCGCUCUUCUGAUCCUGAUGACCGGCGUCCUCAUCGGCUUCGCCGCCAGCGCCAACAUCUCCCGCUACUACUACCACUACUCGUUGGCCGAUCUGGACCAGCAGCAGCAGCAUAAUCAGCAGCCCUCGACGACGUUGCGCAAGGAGGAGAGAAAGCACAAGCAGCAGGGCCUCAACUUGAAGUCGUUCGUGCAUCCCGUUCCUCCGUGGGGCCACGCCAUGUCGGACGAGGAGCUCUUCUGGCGGGCAUCCAUGGUGCCCCGCGUGGAGGAAUACCCGUACCAGCGCGUCCCCAAGGUGGCCUUUCUGUUCCUCACCCGCGGGCCGCUCCCCUUCGCGCGCCUCUGGGAGCGCUUCUUCCACGGCCACCAGGGCCUCUACUCCGUCUACGUGCACGCGCUGCCGGACUACAACACCAGCAGCUCCAACAUCUCCUCCUCGUCGCCCUUCUACGGCCGGCAGAUCCCCAGCCAGGAGGUCUCCUGGGGCUCCAUCACGCUGGUGGACGCCGAGAAGCGCCUGCUGGCCAACGCGCUGCUCGACUUCUCCAACGAGCGCUUCCUGCUUGUCUCCGAGAGCUGCGUGCCCGUGUUCAACUUCCCCACGGUGUACGAGUACCUGGUGAACUCGGCGCAGAGCUACGUGGAGUCGUACAACAUGGACGUGCCGCAGUGCGCCGGGCGGUACAACCCGCGGAUGGCGCCCGACGUGCUGGAGGAGCAGUGGAGGAAGGGCUCCGAGUGGUUCGAGGUGAGCAGGGAGCUGGCCGUCGACGUCGUCUCCGACCGCCGCUACUACGCCGUGUUCCGCAAGCACUGCACGCCGUCGUGCUACCCCGACGAGCACUACAUCCCGACGUACCUGCACCUGGUGCACGGGCCCCGGAACGCCAACCGGACCGUCACCUGGGUCGACUGGUCCAGGGGCGGGCCUCACCCGGCACGCUACGGCAAGGGCACCGUCACCGCGGAGUUCCUGCAGGCCAUCCGGAACAACGGCACGCAGUGCCUCUACAACGGCAAGCCCACCACCGUCUGCUACCUCUUCGCUCGCAAGUUUGCGCCCAGCGCCCUCGGAACGCUCCUCAACCUCACCACCACGCUACUCGACUUCUAAAACUCUCCUUAAUUACUCCUCCUUAUAUAUAUACACAUCCAUCGACUCGUUGUGUUUUUCAAUCUUACAUAUUCCGGACUAGAGUUGAGACGGCUUAGACAAUG